AUGCCUUUCCACUUGGCCGUCGGCUUGUCGAAUUGUGAACAAAUCUUCGAACCGGGCGGCACCAUUGAGGGAUAUGUGACGUUUGAUUUGAGGGAGAGUAUUAAGGUAAAAGCGAUCCGUAUCUCUGCCGAAGGCCUUGCCACGACCAAAUGGCUUCUCUCUGAAAGUUCAAAAUCCUCUCACGGGCGGUCUCGAGAAGUCUCGUAUUCCGCGAAAGUGACGUAUCUCGACGAAGAUCAAAUGGUAUGGAAACCUUCGGAGGGUCACUCGAAAUCCUCCGUUUUCCCCGGAAUCCACGUGUAUCCAUUCAAAUUUCAAAUUCCCGCCGGAGUGCCGCCGAGUUUCGAAGGAGAUCACGGAAAUAUACGGUAUCAUCUGAAGGCUACUGUAGAGAGACCGUGGAAAACCAAUCGAUCAGUGACGAGAUAUUUGAGUGUCUUACCGGCGAAAGAUUUGAAUAAGGAAGUGACCGCUGGGGAGGAGACGAGCAGUUGGAAGUCGAAAAAAGUCGGAUUCUUUCUUUUCCGAUAUGGGAAAGUUAAUUUGCAAAUUCGAAUCCCGAAGAAAGGCUAUGUGCCUGGAGAGACUAUCUACAUCGAGACGAACAUUGACAACGCGUCUUCACGCCCGAUUUUGAAGGCGGAAUGCUACCUAAUCCAACAAUGUCGUUUCCUUGCCUAUCGCUAUGGUAUCGCUGGACCAACAGAUGGACGUCGAUCCUCUUCUCUCUCGGAAAACGAUAGAUAUCUGUCGAGGAAGAGAGACGAAAUCAAAAUAGUCUCAGUAAUCCAUGAAAUGCAAAUCGAUCCCAGAACUGAACAUAAAUCGAAAAUGCGUCUGAAGAUCCCAUGCACGUGUCCAACAUUCGACAGUACUCUCAUCCAUGUGGAGUAUUUUGUAGUCGUCAAACUACAAGUGAAAUGUCGAAUCAGGAAUACUGUAAAGGCCGAGUGUCCCAUUAUUAUCGGUUCAAAGCCUUUGGCAGAUGAGAACGUGUCUCCGAGAACACCCACUUAUCAGGAGGUCGCCACGUUCUCAGCGUUGACUCAUAGAAGUAUGAUGUCGGUGGAUGAGAAACUCACGCCCAAAUACGUCUACUACCCGAAAUACGGGCGGUCUCGAGAUGAAGACGCUGACGAGCCACCGAGUCUCACUGAUCUACAACUACCGCCAAUAGAUUCAUUGUCGGAUGAUGAUUGA